AUGGAGAGUUUGGAGCGGUUCGGUGUGGCGGGUUCUUCGUUCAAGUCGGAGAUGGACACCAUGGACGGGCCGGAACGGGAUGCGGUAGGGCGUUUUGCCAUAUUGAUUUGAUAUUGAUAUGCAAAUUUUUGAAAAAUAUGCUAAAUUUUGGAUAAAAUAACAUAUUGUGUGCAGCAUAUAAAGUAAUAAAAAAGACUUAAAAAAUUUAAAAAAAAUUAUUUUAAUUUUUUUAAAUUUAUGCAAAUUUAGGCUGAAUUCAUGGCCGAACUACAAGAAGAAAACCCAGAAACCUAUAACAUGUGGCUCAAAAUAGUAUCACGAGACGAAUUCCAUGAGAAAUUCAGAAGAUCAUUCAUUUCGGCAUUAUGCAAAUUUUGCAUCAAUCGAAAGUGAGUUUGAAACCUACUUUAAUAUAAUUUUUUUGCUCUUAGUCUAAAAUUGUCUUGUUUUAAAAUGAUUUUUAUGUAAUUUUAUUGACUAGAAGCCCAUCGUAGAUGAAUAAAAAGUUUAAAAAAUUGUUUUAAGACAAAUGGAGCUAGCCAGGUACAGAAGAGACUUCGUUGCUUGCGUAUUGUCCUACACCAAGGCUGACAUCGGAGUUGUGAGUUUCUUUUAACGUUUUAAAAUAAGUAACUUUAAAAUACAUUUCAAACCCAACAUAACCAAAUUUGAAUUCCAGAAUUUGUUCUGCGACAAGAAUGGCGGAGGAUACCUGAACAACAGUCUGAAGAGUCGAAGAGCCUACAGAAAACGACUGAUGGAGUCAUCGUGGCAACAACACACGCCGAAUCUCAUCAAUGAAGCUACGUUCAGUAAUCUACUAAAGAGUUUUCAACAGUCCUCUACACCGUCACUUGAGCUACAGAAGUUCCGAGCUGACAUGACGCUAUUGGGUCAACCAACUCAACAUCAAGGUCAUGGUGAACAAAACGGGGUUACUGGUAGGUUUACUGUAUUUUUGGAUUUUUGUAAAGUAUUGAACCGUGUUUUAUUGUAAUAUAGUUAAUUUUGCUAACAGGGGUUCCAAUUUUGCCAUUCUUUAUAUUAUUUUAAGUUAUUAUAUUAUAGUAGACAUCUAUAUGAUACUAAAGUUCAUGUAAGUAUAUUAUACUACAACUCCUAUAAGAUCCCAAAGUCCCCCUUUUAACUGUGUAAAGUCAGUAAUACCGACCCGCAGUGUCAUUUCGUAUCUUGGGUGUUGCGAUUACGUGAUCUCAAUCUUUUUUUCGCUCUUAACGACAGCCGGCUCCCACUUUUUUUGAUUUUCCAGUUCAAAACCCGAUUUUACGUAAUAGUAAAUUGAGCUCCGAAGAUUCGAUCAGCGGAAACCCAAAAAAACUUUGUCAUUUAGAGACCGAAAAAGGUUAUAAAGGAAGAAUUAUAUUGUUUUGAACGAUAUGCCACUAUUGAUUAUUUUAAAAAGUUUUAAAGUUUAUAAACAACAAUAUAAGAAAUAAUGAGUUGUUAAUGUAAACCACUCCUUUUUAGAUGAAAAACCACCCCCUUCGUUAUUCAACAACCCCGACUUCUUAUCAGCCAUCAACGUCUUUGUCCGCUACAGAAGACUGACUCCAGAAUGGCGAGAUCUCGAAGUAAAACAGACAAAACUUAACCUGCACGCCUUCUCUACGGCUCAAACCCUACUAGUGGUGCUCGUGGACAAGUACCAGUUGAGCAAUCACGACGACGACUUUGUCCUCCGGGUGUUCGACAAAGAAUUCAACGAGUAUAUUGACAUUGAAGAAGAUCUCAACCACGUGAAGCUAAUCAACCUCGGCAAGUACGAGCUGAUUCAUCGACUCAAACGAGACGAUGACAGUAGCGUCACGGUGUCACCUCAGCCAUGUUCGAAUGGUCAAGCUAAUGUAGCCUCGUCGAGUUCGAGGGAUACGCCUAGUAGUACCAGAAGCUCCAGUCCACCAUCGAGUUCGUUGGUUCAGGUGCUGAAGGAGAUUCCUGAAGAAGCAAAAGAUGUAGGUUUAGAUGUUUAGGUAUAUACAGACCUAAGUAAACCUAUAUAUUAAUAAACAAGGCCAGUAGACUUCAAUGUGAAUAAUAUACGUAACAAAACACAUUUAAAACCAAUAAAUCAUCAAGGAAGCCUAAAACAAUAUAAUUUCCAGGCCAAAUCGGAAAUCUUCCCAGCUUCAAACCUCAUCCACGCCUCGAUGAACUCGAUGUUACACUCAUUCCUCAAGAAUAUACAAGAAAACUCGGCCGCUCCUCAAAUCGAACUCCCCAAAUCGGCUUUCAUUCAGAAUCUGUUCAACAUGACUAACCAAGAUCAACAUCUCAGCUCGGGCUCAAAUUAG